GAUGAAAUGUUCGAACAGUCCCUGAAGGCAUCAUUGCCUAGCAACACGUUUUUCCUCGUUUUCUGUGGACUUUAUUUGAAGAAAAUGCUCCGAAAGACGGAUUUAAAACUUUAAACAACGAAAAGCCAGACAAAUAUAGAGGAAAGGACAAAUACAUAACUAUGGCGGACAUAUUCGGUUCUCAGGAUGACGAGAAGUCUUUAUAUUUGACACAAAUUCAAUAUCUGGAGGAGCAGUUGUCAAGCUGUCAACGUAAAUAUGACCAGCUGGAGAAAAAGAACAAUGACCUGGUCUCUCAGUACAGCGCACUGGAGAAGGACAAGCAAGACGCCACCAAGCACCUGAAACGCUGCGUGGCUAGGAAAGAGAAGAAGGCGGAGGAGCUGAGUGAGCAGCUGAAGGUUCUGCAGCAGGCUGCUCAACAGGAAACACAGGUACUGAGACUGCAGCACAGCCAGCAGAGGAAGGAGCUGCAGGACCACAUCGAGCAACUAACGUCACAGAUCCAGAUACAGGCUGUAAAGUUUGAGGAGCAUCAGGAGCUGCAGAAGAAGGCGAAGCACCUGAUGCAUGAGCAGUCCAUCAUAGAGUCUCUGAAGAAGAAGCUGAUCAGUGAAAGGGAAGAGCAGGAAGCUGCCAUCCAGACCAUGAAGAAUGCAGCAGAGUCGCAAAGGGAAAAGAGCUAUGUGUAUCGGCAGUACACACUGGACAAAAGCAUAAAGGAGAAGACCACAAAGAUUCUUGGCAAGGAGAGAGCUCGUCACAGAAAGCGACAGAAGUCCCUUCAGUUUCUGUUGGACGCAAAGUGUGUCCUGCAGACGGAGAAAGACCUUCUGCAAGAAAAAACAAGAUAUCUUUGCUUUGAGAAGGACCAGCUGAAGAAGGAACUCGACAAGAUUCCCUCGGAGAACCUCCCCUACAGGAAGGUGAUAAAGCAGCUGACGGAGGAGCAGCAGGAGCUGAGUUUGAGGCUCAAAGACGUCUGUGCCACCUACGACACCAUGCUGGCAGACGUAAAGGCUUGCAGACAGAGCCUGACCUCAGUGUCCGCAGAGAGCUGUCAAAAAACAGCCGAGAUGAGUCAGCUGAGGGCCGAACUCCAGAGGGAGAGCACCAGGAGGAGGCGGCUGGAGGGCGUCCUGCAGGAAGGACUCGUCCUUCUUCACCACAUCCUGACGGACUCAGAGAAGGAGUCUGAGGCUCAGUGGGCGGCUGAGAGGCUGCUGAACAUCCUGGAGAGAGCGCCCCCCAGGGACCAGGCUGCGCCGUCAGGGACUCAUGUGAGGAGAGCAGUCAUGAACCACAGACCACUGACCCCAAACCAGCCCGUGAGAACACAUCCAGCUGUUGAUCCAGAGGCUGAUCCACCUCUGCAGACUGCUGAACCUGAUCCAGUCAACAGCCGAGGCCAAAGGUCAGACUGCUCAACCACGACGGCCUGCUCACUUUGAACUGUCGCCACCAUUUAAAAAUCAGCGAGCCUCAGAGCGCAGAGAGGCGGAGUUCUGUGCAGACGGAGGAUAACAGUCGCUGCAGGAGAAAGCU